AUGGGUUCGGAGAACGUGAUCUGGACAGGUGGGGCUGAUUUUGUUGGUUUCCUUUGGUGGUCUCGAUAUGGAGGAGUGCCGUUCUAUCAGAGACGAUCUUUCAGAGAGUUCCUGCUGCCACCAACCACUUUCAUCGGCGGCGACAAACAAGUCCUUACUCUGCGCGAAAUCGUUCACAGGCUAAAGCGAAUUUACUGUAAAACUACCGGUCUUGAGUACAUGCACUUGAACAAUCUCGGGCAGCAGGAUUGGAUUCGUCAGCACUUUGAGGCGCCUAGUGUGACUGAGCUAACCCACGAUCAAAAGAAGGUGCGUGUUUAUGUAGGGCUUUGUUCCGGGCACGUUGAUCAAUGGUGGUGA